AUGAACUUAUACAAUCUCGUAUAUUUCUCAUUGCUUCAUUUUCCCGUUAUUUCCAUUGCUAGUGAUAUUCAAGUGCACAAUCACAAUUAUAAUGUUGAUGACUUUUCAUGGUUUACGGAAAAUGAUAAUAUCGUCUCACCCGAACACUUACAACUACCGAAUGAACUAAGCUCGCUAAAAGCUCGACAUCAAGCACAAAUGAGCGGAAAGACUAAGCAGAAAGUGACGCAAGGUUCAAACAGAAGACGCAGCCAUGAGUACUUUAAUACUGUACUUCAAAAAACGGAAGGAGAAUUAAUAGAAGCAAAUAAGAUUCUAGAAGAGGCAAGAAAGACCGGUAAGGGCUCUUUAAGCAAGCCGAAAAGUGCUGUCCAAACAGAUCAAGCAAUCAGAGCAAAGCAAAAAAGAGACGAUCUAGUAAAACAAGGCGGGACACAAUACGAGGAAUUCAAAAAGAUGCGAAGAAAUAGAGAGAAAGCGAGAAGAGAAGCACGUACGCCAGAACAGAAAGAAGUUGAUAAAGCUAAGAAGAAGUUGAGGGCGAGGAUCAGGAGAAAUUGGCUCAAACUUCCAGGCAAUGAAGCCGAACGUGAAGCUAAGAGAUUGAAAAAUCGUGCCAGUGUCAGUCCUACUUUUGCUGCUAGUGAUAGCGUACAUGAUUUCAAUCUCGAUGACUUUUCAUGGUUCACAGAGAAUGAUAAUAUUGUGUCUCCCGAACAAAUGUACUUACCGAACGAGCCAAGUUCUCCAAAAGUACAACAUCAAGACCAGGUAGGAGGAAAGAUGAAAUUGAAGCAGGGUGCAAAGAGAAGAGAUGGUACAGAACACUACAGUGCUCUAACUGAAGGGACGGAAGGAGAAGCAAAUGAAAGGUCGAAAGAAGCAAGGAUGACAAAGCCAAAAAUGUUUGCUGAAAAUGAUAAAGCAGUGAAAGAAAGACUUAAAAGAAAAGAGCUAGCAGGAAGAGGUGGUAAAGAAUACGAAGAAUUUUUACGAGAGCGGAGAGAUAAACAAAGAGCACGAAGGCAAGCACUUACGCCAGAACAACACGAACUUGAAUUGGCCAAACAGAGGGACAGAGACCAAAAGAAGAGAGACCGGCUCAAACUUCCAGGUAAUGAAGCCGAACUGGAAGCCAAGAAAACUAAAAGUCGUGCAUAUCAUAAUCAGAGAAAAGAAGAGAUGAAAUUGAAGCAAGGCGCAGAGAAAAAGCAUGGCCCAGAAAACUACAAUGCUGUACUUGAACGGACAGAAGGCAAAGCAAAGGAAGCAAGCGAAAGGCUUCUGGAAGCGAGAUUGACUGGAAAAGGUUCAUUAAUAAAGCCAAAAACGUUUCUCGAAGAGGGUAGAGCAUUAAAGCGUAGACUGAAAUGUAAUGAGCGAGCGACGAGAGGUGGUAAAGAAUACGAAGAGUAUUUAGAAAGACGAAGAAAUCAACAAAGAGCACGAAGGCAAGCACGUACUCCAGAACAACAAAAACUUGUGAGAGCCAAAGACAGGAUAAGAGAACAAAAGAGGAGAGACUGGCUCAACCUUCCGGGUAAUGAAGCCGAACUUGAAGCUCAAAGAACUGCAAGUCUCAAUGAUGCACCGGGAAGCUGGAAUUCCAUCACACGUUCAAUGUCGAAAGAAGAGAUUGAAAAACUGAAAAAGAUGGCGAUUCCUUCAUACCCGCAAAUCACUGAUCACCCGACAAAUACAGCCAAUCGACCAGUUAUUCUAGAAAGUGCAAUUGCAGGAACAAUCACGGCUACUUCACCAAUCACCGUUGGAAGUGCGAACGUUCGGCCUCAAGAAAAGACAAAAGCCAAAACGUUGAGCCAACAUCCUGCCACGGUUGCAAGACGUGAACGACUUGCAAGGCUCAAGGAACAAGAUCCUGAUGCUUAUAAGGCAAUUAGAAAAGCAGCAGUUGCGAGAGAGACACGCAGAAAGAGAAAUUUCACUCCCCUACAAAAGGCGAUUAGUAGACAUAAGAGCAAGUUAUAUAUGCAAGAAAGAAGAGCUCGACUGAAUUCACCUGGCAACGAAAAGCUUAAAGAAGAAGCUAAGGAAAGCUCCCGAAAGGCCAGUAAUAAGUAUAAUGCAAAGAUGAGACAGAAGGAUAAGGAAUUGAAGGAUAAGCAGCAUCAGCAGCAGCAAUAG